AUGGACUUGCCUGCCUUCCAGGCGACCAUUACCCAGGCUCUGAACGCACUCGACCAGGCACUGGCAGCGCCCAAAGCGUUGAACAGCCACUUGGGUCAAUUGGACCCCAACACUGACAGCCUAGAAUCAGUGCUCCAAGAGCUGCAUGAUAUCACAGCUGGGUUUGAGCUGCAGCCAGCUUUUCUCGAGCUUCAGACCGUGCUGGCAGCAUGCCCAGCUCCACCCACCACGCCAGUGAUCGCGCCCAAAACGACACCCGCCGACCUAGCGGCGGCCCUGAGCAAAGUCAUCGUUCUGAGCGGCGUGGAACCCAAACGUCAGGAGCUGCUCACCAGCGCCAACAGCAACCUCAAGCGCCUCGUGCUGGCCUUGAUCGAUGCUCUGGGCGCCGUGGCAAGAGCGGGAACCACCGACACAAUUCAUCGCGUGGAGACGCUACGGCAGUGCGCGCAAUGCGUGGAUGCAAGUGCACCGCCGCCAGCCGAGACAUUGCCCGAGGCUUGGGAGCAGCUGUGCCAAGCGCACAAGAAGCUGAGCCUGCUCGAGCAGAAUGGUCUCGAGCAAAUUGCUCAGUGGCAACCACCUACAGACUACGAGCAUCGGGAUUGGUACUUGGCGUUUGUGCACCACGAGUCGCAAGCUCUGCUGCAGCAGUUACAAGACAUGAUCGACUGGCAGGCCACGACGCUCUCCGUGUUGACCUCGUGCAUGAGUCACGUGGACAGCUUAAACCAAGGCGUCGAUGAUGAAUCGGUUGCUGCCAACGAGGAACUAACCAAGGUGGAGACUGAUAUUCAAGGAUUUCACACGGCUCUACAACAUCUGCCUGAAACUGUUCGAGCACGCUGGGAGCGCGGCUCCGCACAGUGCUUGGGCCCGACCUUCCAGCCAGUCUGA